UAUAAAUUCGACACGGCAUCCACGUGGCGUAAACGUCGCGGUGGUGGCGUAGCAGCCACAUCUACUCCAGCCACUGUGCAGCCAGCAUCGGUUCCUUCUACGUCUUAUCAACAACAGUUACUAACUCGAUCAGUGGAAAAAAUGUUCGAAGAUGCUGAACUUAGUGGCGUAUUAUUGUUAACGGGUCGAAAAUUGAAAGAAUUCCCGGCUCACCUUGCCCAAAAAUAUGAAAUAUCUGAUAUUGUUUCUGUUGAUCUCAGUGAAAAUCGUUUUGUGAAUUUUCCAAUGUGCAUCUGUGAAAUGCGUUCACUGGAAACGCUGAGGAUACGUAAUACGGGUUUACGCUCAAUUCCCUCGGCUGUACAGUUACUUCAGUCGCUUACUUAUCUUGAUCUAAGUGGUAAUCAACUGAUGAACAUCCCAGCAGCUUUAUUUACGGUGCCUCUAGAAAUUUUGCUGUUAACGGGUAAUCGUCUGGAAUCUAUUCCUCGAGAAAUUCGACAACUUUCCAAUUCAAUACGAGAAUUGGAUAUAAGCUAUAAUAAAUUGACCAGUUUGCCAGCUGAUAUUGGCUUGCUAAAAUCACUUCGAGUGCUCAAUGUUCGAGAUAAUCAACUAACUCAGUUACCUUCAGGUUGA